CUGCAUCCUGUCAUUCCUGUAUUAAACGCACUGUUGUUGCGGCCUUCUCCGGAGAUAAUAAACCAAUUCCUUUUGUUAUCUUUGCCAUCCCUACUGGAUUAUCAAUCAUGAUUUCUGUAAGUUCUAUGUUGCAUUGACGGUCAAAAGUAAUCGGAUAUGUUUAUUUUGAAAGUGAUGACAUCAUGUCAUUGUGCAAGAGUACAUGUAUAGGGACUAAGUACCUGAUAAGGACACUUCACAGUCUAACGAGCUUGAUCAAUGCUCAUUUGUGAUUUUUCAUACCAAAGGAUUCCUGAGAGAACAGGAUAGAACCGCGAUCAGACAGAGGUUGAGUGAAGUGUCUCUUUCUUAGGGUGAUUCUACAGAACAAAGAGAGCUGUGAUAACUCCUCAUUGGUCACACCUAAAAGAGCGGAAGGAGGGCUAUAAUCAAACUGAUGGUUACUGAUUCGAGGAAGGAUGCGACUCAAUCCCAUUAUGACCACGUGAAUAUUUGGUGUCGGUCAGAAUAGUCUACAUGUACACCCCUACCGCCGUCAUCGUGACAGGAAAAAGCCCAUUGGGAGUGAGGCAUUAGAGCAAUUAUCAGCGGGGAAGUUUGGCCGUGUUUGUCAAACGCUGGAUUGUCUAAUACAGCAGAAAGCCCAUUGAUGGCUUAAUAGGCUGUCAAAACAGUGGUGAAUCUUUUGUGGGACUACUCAUUUAGUCAGCUGGAAAUCAAAAGGAUACAUCACAAGAAAAAGCAGCCUCUGUUCAGAUCCGUUGAGUAAACUAUAGAGAAAGCUACGGGACGAGGAAAAUGAAUUGUUUGGCUAAUCUGUGAGGAGAAUAGGUGGAAGGAAUCACUGGAUUGUGAAUGAUGCUAUCGUAAAAUACCACUGCCAAAUUGUUUCCAGUCCCAGAUCUGCAGCGACACUGCAUAUUGGCUUCGAAUCGAGAGGGGAUCAAAAACAGAGGAACAAUUAGUUGAGAAAUUAGGAGUCCCUAUGGAAAUAUAUGCAAGUUGAACAGUGUUUCGGAGAGAGACGCCAAAUUGACGCCCAAAAUAGGAGAUUUAGAUUUAGUCCCCCAAAACUCAAGAAAUUGACAAUAUUCCAAUGUGAUAACAGAUGGAUAUAGAAGCAGAAAAGUUUCAAGGAGAGCAUUCAUAAUAAACAGGGACUAAUAUAGAAUUUUAAAGCAGAUAUUUUGAAAACGGUGAUUAGCGUCGUCUUGCAACAGGAGGUAAUUACAAUGGUUACCAUGGCAGCCGCUGCUCAUUACAAGCUCUUCCUUGUCUCAGUCUUUUCCCUGAUUUGGACGCCAUGGCCUCAUUUAGUUGCAGAUGCCCAGUUUACCACGGCAUUUACGCCUGACAAUUUAUCCGCGAAGGAAGGAGAAACAGUAACAUUAGUGUGCACAUAUCAGCCAGAGACCGAAAAGAUAGACUUUGCCUCCCUCUCUUGGCAAAUGGGAGAUACUGUGUUAGCGUCCGUCAGUUGCCCCAACGCUUGUAGCAGAACAAACACAAAUACGGACCGGUAUUCGCUGGACGUUGACUUUCAAUCAAGUGGUAAUUUGACCAUCACCGGUGUUUCAUUGACCGAUGAUAAUGUUUAUCAGUGUAAAGUCUCCACUAUCUAUAGAGCUGCUGAGAGCACUUCCCAACUCGUAGUAAAUGUUCCACCUGUAAGCCUGAAACUCUCGGACACUAUGACACCGGGAGGCCACGAGCAGGGCGACAUCGUCCCCAUCCUAUCAGGCGAGUCUUACACCGUCACCUGUGCAACCCAACCUGGCGCCAACCCACCUGCGGACCUGGAGUGGACUUCGACCACCGCCCAGAUCAACCAGGAGGACAAAGAUGACCAGCAAGUGACCGGUAGUAAGCUGACCGUGUCCAGCAAGGAGGUGACUUUCACGCCGUCUAUGGCUGACCAUCUUACGACGGUCACUUGCGAAGCCACACAUCCAGCUCUGGAAUCAUCCCUUACCAAGUUUAUUCAGCUUGAUGUACAAGUUCCUCCAAGGAAUGUGAACAUCGCUUUACAAUCUGCCAUCGUCUCUGACGGUGGGACUCUGACGCUACAGGAAGGAACCCCAAGCACCAUCACCUGCGAAAGCCUCGGAACAAGACCAGCCUCUGCAAUCACAUGGUACCUCGAUGGCGUCCAAGUAUCGUCUGGGGUCGGCAGACCGGUAUUUUCCCCCAAUAUGAAUGACGGUCGUUUACAGGAUGCGUCCAGCAGCAUCAUCAUCCAACCUACCAGGGCGCAGCACGAGCAGGUUCUACGUUGCCAGGCAACCACGUUUGGCAUCAGCCAUGAUACCAGUGUCCGACUGUCUGUUGAUGGUCCACCUGACCCGCCCGUAAUCGCUGGUAUUCCUGACAACAUCAACGAAAACCAGCAGACCACCGUCUCCUGUCAGGCUGACAAUGGCCACCCUUCCCCCUCGUUCCAAUGGUUCAUCGGCAGCCGGAACCUGAGCGCCUCUGCUUCGCUGCAGGUGUCUGCCGACGCCAAGAACCGUAUCGACGCCACGAGCCAGCUGCGGUACCUGCCCAUGAGAGAGGAUAACGGUCUAGCGCUGGAGUGCAAUGUCAUCCACGAUCAGCUCUCGCAACCCAUGAGAGUGAUGAGCGAUACCCUGGUAGUCAAUUAUUGCCCAACAACAGUGGAUGUGACGAUCUGCCCUGAGGUCGAAGCGGGGUCAUCUGAGGUCAUGGUGUGCCGAUCGGGGGCCAGCAAUCCAGCGUCAAAUCUUGUAUGGAUUAAAGGUGUCACUAGCGUCACGGAGCCAAAUGCCUUACAGACUCACUUCGAAGAGAGCACCGAACCCCUUGGAAGACGGGCGACGCUGAGUUACAUGAGAAACUUCACCAAAGAAGACUAUAAACAGAGCUUUAAAUGCUGCACUACUCUCAGCCCAUCCUGUGACUCUACCGUGUGCUCUGAACCUUGCGUCCCAGAUGUCAAAUAUGCACCAGAAAUGCCCACCAUCUCUAGGAACAUGCCCGGCCGCCAAGUCACAGAGGGCACUGUCGACCUGGAAUUCACCUGCCGAGCUGACGGCAACCCCAGACCCGCCCUGACCUGGGUGAAGGCCAAAAACGAAGGGUUAAUGCUUGAUCAGCUGACCAAGGAGGAUGGCUCCCAGCUGCUGCAAUUUAGGGAGGUCCGAAGGCAUCAUGGAGGGGUAUACAAGUGCAUUGCUAACAAUAACAUUUCGCCAAGGAGCAGCACAGAUGACCAACUCAUCGUGUAUUUUCCGCCUACGAUUCAAAAUAAGGCCAACAACCGGACGACGGCCAACGAGGGCAAGAACGCCUCUCUCUCCUGCAUCGUUGAGGGCAACCCCAGCCCAGACGUCAACUGGACACGGCUCGGCAACCACUCGCUUUCGAACAGGACUGUGAUUGUAAAUACAGAGGUCAACAGUGAUUAUGAGAGCGUGGUGACGAGUACGCUGAACAUCUUGAACGUACAGCCGGACAUUGAUCAUGGGAACUACAAGUGCACGGCGAUAAGCACUGCAGGAAGAGACGAUGCUGUCAUUAUCCUUAGCGGAACAUCAAAACCAGAGCCUCCUACAUCAUUACGGAUUGAUGCGAGCCAGAUCAAAGCCCAUUCAUUCAUGAUUUAUUGGCAAUUUGGCUAUAAUGGUGGAGUGGAACAAUCAUACGUCAUAACCUACUGUCUGAAUGACACCCAACUGGACUGCAAGAAAAUAUUUGGUAUCAAGGAGCCUGAAUAUUUAUUAGAAGACCUUGAGGCUUUUGGCUGGUACUCUAUCUCAGUCUAUGCAGAGAACAGUAACGGUAGAAGCUCCGAGACCAGCGAAAUCCUUGUAUCUACUUCGCCUUUACCUCCUAGUGACUAUGGUAUCAUUGUGACCAACGAAAAUGGACUCAUCACUUUGAUCUCCAACCCUGCGACCGACUUCCCUGGCGAAAUCCGCUUCAAGAUCGAGACCGAGGCAGAGGGGUACUGCAAUCCACGGAGUAGUGCCUACCCUGCCGAUGGAGCCCCCGUACAAAAGCCUAGUGAUCAGACUGUCAUGGUGUCGAGCUUUGGAAGAGGAAUGUGCAGCGUGCGGGAGACAGUUGAUAUGGCAAGUUUAAAUCAGGGUGGCAGAGGAGCACCAUCGACUGUAACAUUUGCAAUCAUUGGAGCGAUUGUAUUUAUAGCCUUACUACUAGUCGUCAUUGUAUUUGUUAGGAGAAAUCAUGACAGAAAAAAUAAAUCAACAAAGCUUCAACAAUCAUCAGUAAGAUCGGGGCCUGAGGGUCAGCCUACAAACGGCCAGGCUAGGUCGUUCCUUAGUGGUGGGUAUUAUGCAUAUAAUCCAGUAUAUGAUGAUGUAGCGAAGGAGGACUUUAGAAAAUCACAACAUGAAGGAAGAAUGGUAAACGAUGAUGGUUUAAUCUACGCUGAGGUUGCACACGUCAACAGGCAUCCCGAAGGCCAACCACCAAUCAGAACGGAGGAACCCACCAUAUACGCAUCCCUCGACUUUGACAGGAUGAACGAUAACAAGAUCCAAAUCGAUAAGCAGGCCAUUGUUGACUCAAACAGGACAGCGGAGGAGUGCCCGGAGAAAGAAGCGCUCAUUUACGAGAACGUCACACCACAAGGAAUGCCAGUUUCACAGUGACGUUUGCGGAAUGACAAUGACCAUUGAAUUAAUCUAUUGGCUACAGGGAACAGAUAAUCACCAUGUCAAGCAGAACAAUAACAAAAUUGCUGACUCUAUCGGGACAGCCGAGGCCUGCCUGGACAAAGAAACGCUCAUUUACGAGAACGUCACACCACAAGGAAUGGACGUUUGCGGAAUGACAAUGUCCAUUGUAUAAAUCUAUUGGCUACAGGAACGGAUUAGACGACUUCUGGAUAGCUUAUAAAGAUAAAGGGUGCAAGGUUCCCUGUCGUGCUUCAAGUAACUAGAGAUGGCAACUAUUUAAACUAGUAUGUGAUACUAACAAGAUUGCUACAUGUGUCUUUGAUAGUCUCACUGUGGCUCUGGCAAAGCAGAUGAUGUCACCAUCAAACUUUUCUAUGAUACGAAAGAGAAUGCUUCCUUUUAGAUAUCGUUGUUCAUUCCAUCUUGACGUUUACAAAACAGAUGACGAUCACCAUCCACGCUAUCUGGUGAUAGCUUCAGUAUGGAGAUCUAUUUGUUGUUAUCGCCAUGACUUAUGCAAAAGAGACAACAAAACAUAAUAUUUACCAUCAAAAUGUUCAUUGAUGUCGAUAAGCUUCUUCCCUGCAAAAACAUUUAUUCUUCCAUGCGUAGUUAAAACGAUACUGAACUGAUGAACUUUCUGCCCUAGCGUACUGUGUAUUUCACAGCGCCGUCACAUGAUCAACUUGCCAACAGUGCGUAACCCAAUACCUAAUUUGCACUUCAGAGAAGCUACGGAAGCAGUAAGUUACGAGACCAUACUGCUACAGCUGACCUGAGAUGGCCUUAGAGGGGAUUUUGUGGUAGUGCUUCUAGGACAAUAGGGCUUUAAGGGCAAGACAGUGAUAAAUAUGGAUGAUAUAGACAAAGAUAUCAAUGGAAUAUGCCUGUGGGAGCAGGGCCCUGUUUCACAAACUUGUCAUGAAUAACUAAUACUGGAAUUCUAUGACAACUUGCUCUCAACCAAUCAAAAUGAAACAAUCACAUCAGCUGACAGCACUUAUUGCAAUUUGUUUAAUAACAAUUUUUGUGAAACAGGGCCCUCAGGUGACCAUGAAAUGAGUUUAAUCUGGUGAGGAAAAUAUGUUCGGGUAUUACAAAGCCAUGAAGUUUUAUGUUUGUAUCUGUUAAUGUUUGUAUGUAAGUAACUAUGUUUGUUAUGGUUGUAUAUUUGCCUUGUAUUGUGGAAACUAGAAGGAGUCAAGAUUGGAUGUGUGUGAGAGAGAUGGAAGAUCGUAGGCGGAAAAAAAGAUGGUCGAAUAUGAGCUAACAAGAUUAUAUGCAUAGUUAUAAAUAGCUAAUAUAUUAUGACAGCAUUACGCAAUUUCCUUUUCUUUUGUCCUUUUUUUAAAAAUGAAACGUGCAGACUGUGUUUCUUAUUUACAAUGCCAUUGUUAUUGAAAAGUCAAUGAUUUCCUCAUUAUUUCCAAAUUAAAGUGUAGGAUAGAAUAUAUUUUAUAACAAGCCAGUGUAUUUAUGCCAUAGUGCAAACGACAUUAAAAUAUAAGCAAAGAUAGAGUCCGUUUUAGAUGAUUUCCAAUAUGCAUACAUGUUAUCAGGGAGAUGAUGUCAAUUCCCUGAUGUUAUCUUGGAAACUGUAGUGUCAGUUAUCGUAGUUUGCAAGUUUGUAGUUUGUGUAGAAGCUAUUUCGCAGUUCAAGUAGGAUCUACCAAAAAUGUAUUGAUUUUUCGUAAGCAGAUUAUUCUGAUAAUUUUUAUAUUUUUGUAGCUCGAAGAUUUGCUGCUUGCUUAACAAAUUUGUCUUCCAAUUUGUGAUCAAAUUGUUCAUUGCCUUGCUUUAAAAAAAAAAAAGUACGACCUUGAAGAUUGGGAUUUUGUGAAAAUGUAACUAUUAGGGAUUCCUGCUUCACAAAAAACUCUUUCACAUAGACUUGUAACCAUUAAGUUAAAGUGGUAAUUAAUAGGUCCCCCAAAUCUUUAUAUUAGCUGGCUUCUAGAGUAAUCUCAUUGUUGCCAUAACUUGCCUUUUGUAAACAAAAAUUAUGUCAAUGUACUUACAUUAAAGAGUAGCUUACAGUCAACAGUAAUGGUGUGAAAAUUGUUCAGACCUAAAAAAAAAGGUUCUUGUUGCUAUUGUAGUGUAAACAAUUAAUGGUUUGGGUUAAAAACCUCCAAAGAAGUAUUGUCUGUAGAUGUGGGGAAUUAUUUCAUACAGUCUGUUUUCCUGUAGAUGAUGUGAAAUAUGCUGAUUAAAACCUUAACAAAACUGGAUGUUUGAAAUACCUACCGUGUAUGUGCUGAAAAACUAAAUUUGCCAAAAUGGUUGGUCCUUUUUGGACUAUGAAAUAUAUUUGCAUAGGUUUUGAUAUGUCACUCGUAAAUGUAGAUGUAUAUGAAGAUCAUCAGUUGAGAGCCAGGAGGGUGUUGCUUUUGUGUUAAAGGCUGAUAGUAGUGGGUUUUUAUGGGAAAUUUGACACCACUUGGGUGUUUACUCAACAAUGGGCUUCGUCAAUCAUCGAGAGUGGACUUUACAACCGACGAGUCUAAUGUAAUGCUUUGUGCCCUAGUCUACCGCUGGAUGAAAUUCCCAUCAUGACAUCAUAUUUCCCUCACCCUCCAGAUCUGAAGGCGAGUUGAUGAAUUUUCUGGUGGGACCACGGGUUCGCUGCUUCAUUUGCCCACACACACAUUAAUCAAUAAUUCAACCAAAUCUGAUGUCAGCGAAUUAUGAUGCAAUACACAUAGACACCUACUACUAUAUGUUAAGCCCUUCUGGCUCCCAGCAGAAAAUAUCAGUAUGCUGAAACACUAAAUGCUUUGUAGGGUUGUCUUUUGGAAGAAGAAUGUGGAAAUUAUUGUCUGAAGUAUUGUUUGAAGCUUUAGAUGAACUCAAUUAACAUCUGCUCUAUUCACAACUCAACAUGCUAAAAAACGCAUAUUUUUUUUUUGAAAAGCACAGUGAAAAUGAAUGUUGUUAUUUUCAGGCAGAGGUUAGAUAUGGAAAUCUUUGUCUGAAAUUUGAGAUGAACUAAUUGAAUAACGACUGCUAUAUGCACAACUCACAUGCUGAAAAAUGCAUCAUUUAUUUUUAGCAACACAAUAAUUUUUUUUUUCAGUGAGAGGCUAAGAAUGAACCCAGUGCAUUAUUGUAUAUAGGUGUAGUUUUACCCCAAGCCCCUUUUAUAAACCAAAGAGGUCAAAAUUGUGAAAUUACACAAAUGUGUCUUUUUGUACAUUAAAUACAUAUGUGUGCACAAUUUUUCGUAGUACAAUUAUCAUUCUAAACAUUCUUGCCAAAUAACAGCAUGUCGUGAAGUGGGCUUAGAAUAAAGUCAGAUAUUUAUUUAUACCAUUUUUGACAAUAUUGUGAACAUAACUCUAUUCCAUUACAAUACAUAUGGUAGUAUCACAACCAUGUAGAAUGUGUUCUUGUUCAAACCUUUGCAAAUGAAAAUACCAAUGAUAGUGAUAAUAAUAUGCUGGGGUUCUAUAGCGUUCGAUACAAUGACAAUGUCUGUGGGCGCUUGACAGAUAUAGAUGUAUUACUAACCCCCAUUAUGGGAUUCAGGCUUGCACACACACAAUUUACUAUGCACAUUCUCCAUUCCCUGGGGAGCAUUCCAGCCAGGCAUUUCUGACCUGUUGACCCUACAACAGUACCUCUUGCCAUUCAUAUAUACACACGUUAAAAUGUGCUGCGUCUGUGUUUGAGGCAUUCAUCAUACGGAACCUGUCUGAACCUGGCCAUACAGGUUCAUAAUGUACAUGUAGUUUAUUUACACCUUUUUUGAAGUAAUUGAUGGUAUUUGAAUCAUGCUUUGUGGCAUACAAUAAUGUCAAUGCUAUAUAAUUGAAAAAAGAAGUAGAAAAAAAUGUUUCCGGUGUCAUUUUCUUGGAACACAAUACUUUUAAGCAUGUAUACAACGCCUACAUGUAUAUGGUUUAUGCCUAAAAAUGUAAUAUAUUGUGAUCUAGAUGUGGGUAUUAAAGUAUGUAUGCACUGGAUAUCAAAGGUUCUUAUUAGACCAUUGAUAGGUAAUCGUAUGUGUUAAUCAUGAAAUGAAUCCAAUUCGUCUUAUGAGAGCUACAUGUACUUUGAAGCAUAAUGUUUUUCGAGAUCUAUGUGCUAGGACCUGAGUUUGAGCGUUCCAAUGAAUUCUUUUUGCUGGCAAAAGGACACAAGUUACUGCCUGUAGGAAAUAGAAAAUUCACACCAGUAUAGCAUUUACACAUGCAGAAGGGCAUGAUGGGGUCACAUCAAAUGUAAGACCAACAACCUUGUGCUUCUGAACAUUCUCAGCAUUUUGAAAAGAGAGACCAAAUACUUGUAUGCAUUCAUUUGUUUCAAAACUGACAUUCCAAAUGAUUGAAGGAACUAUUUGAUCCGAGAUAAUUGGCAUGUAUGCGGUUGACUUGUGCAUAUGUUUUUAUUUAAGGUUAUGGAAAUUAAGGUUUGAAAAAAAAAGAAAGCAAAUGGCAUUAUUUAAAUGUUUCCAACUCGACUAAAUAACUCAUGCCUACAUUAUAAUGGGUAUUUCCUGUCUGAAUACAAUGAGAGAAGGAGAGGAUUAUCGUCUGUUAAAAUUGUCUUUGUACUCUGAAAUGUUUGCACAUGCGGCACAUAUCAAGCUUAUAUAGUUAUGCACAUUUCUCUGUAAAGAUUUUGCGUUCUUCUUCCUUUAUGCAAGGUAUACAUAGUCCAUCUUUGUAGCAGAUGAUUUUCUAUUUUAUUGUAGGUAUUAAAGAUAACAUUGCAAUCAUUCCACAUAAACGAUGUGUAUUUAAAUAUUUGAAAAUAAAACUACAAAGAGAACUUUGUAUAA